AUUAUAGCAGCUCAAAGCAGUUGUUGACAGUGCUUUGGUGAGGAGGAAUUAUUGUUUUUAUUUAGCUGCUAAUUGCCUUAAAGCAUCAACCGCCCAAAAUGUGUUGAAGUGUGGGCUUUUAGCACCCGAACCAGCCGCCGAACCAACACCGGAACCAGUAACGCUGUUGUUUCUGCUGGAGGUUAGGGGCGGAGCCACCAUGCUGUGCUGGGGAAACGCCUCCUACGGGCAGCUGGGUUUGGGAGGCAUCGACGACGAGAUCGUGAUCGAGCCCAAAAAAUGUGAAUUCUUCCAGGGGAAGCGGGUGAGCGACGUCGGGUGUGGCCGCAAACACACGGCUUUCCUGCUGGAGGACGGGACCGUGUACACCUGCGGCUGCAACGAUCUGGGCCAGCUGGGACACGAGAAGUCCAGGAAGAAACCAGAGCAGGUGGUGGCGCUGGACGCGCAGAUCAUCGUGGCGGUGUCGUGCGGAGAGUCCCACACGCUCGCUCUGAACGACAAAGGCCAGGUGUUCUCGUGGGGUCAGGGUUCUGAUGGACAGCUGGGCUUAAAUAACUUCGAGGAAUGCAUUCGGGUCCCGCGAAACAUUAAGAGUUUGUCAGACGUUCAAAUCACCCAGAUCUCCUGUGGCUACUGGCACUCCCUCGCACUUUCAAAAGGCAGCCAGAUCUUCUCCUGGGGCCAGAAUCGAUCGGGUCAGCUCGGCUUGGGGUUAAGUGGACAGAGCAUCCCCACGCCGCAGAUGAUUCAGUCUCUGCAGGGGAUCCCCUUCGCUCAGAUCUCCGCAGGCGGAGCCCACAGCUUCGCCCUCACCCUCUCAGGAGCCGUCUUCGGUUGGGGCUGCAACAAGUUCGGCCAGCUGGGUCUCAACGACACGAACGAUCGGUGUCACCCGGUCCUCCUGAAGUCCCUGAGAUCUCAGAAAGUGAUUUACGUUUCCUGUGGAGAAGAUCACACCGCCGCACUGACGAAGGAAGGAGGUGUGUUCACCUUCGGAGCCGGAGGGUACGGGCAGCUCGGCCACAACUCCACAAACCACGAGAUCAACCCCAGGAAGGUGUUCGAGCUCAUGGGAAACGUAGUCACGCAGAUCGCCUGUGGACGGCAGCACACGCUGGCGUUCACGCCCGCCUCUGGAAAGAUGGAUUCGUUCGGACUCGGCGGUAACGGGCAGCUGGGCACGCGCUCCACCAGCAACAGGAAGAGCCCGGCGCCCGUCAAAGGCCCGUGGGUCGCUGCCGACGCCGAGAACGACCAGGAGCAGAACUGCUUUGUCUCAAAGAUCUACGCAGGAGGCGAUCAGAGCUUCGCUCACUACAGCGAUAACCGUCAGAAUGUAGACAGGAGCAAACUAGAUCCUCAAAGAAAGAUUUGCUCCCUGAACGAGGACGUUGUGCAAAGAUGGCUGAACAGCUCGACAGGAAGACUCCCACUGGAAACCUCCAGUGAAAUCGAUCUGGUGUUCUCCUCGGCGAGCUGCCUCAACGGGUCGUUUCUGUCCACGAGUCACCCCGAUCACUACAGCACCACCCGUAAAUGUUCAGGCGUGGACCUGAACUCGGCUCGUCUGCUCUUCCACAGACUCAUCCAGCAGGACAGACCGGAGAUUUCUCAGCAGGUCGCUGCCAGUCUGGAGAAACAUCUGAUCCCCAGGUUGACUAACUCCCCCCCAGACAUCGAAGCCCUGAGGCUUUACCUCACGCUCCCAGAAUGCCCUCUGUUCGGCGACCGGAGCAACUACAUCACCAUCACCAUCCCGUUCGCCAAACGUGUCCUCAGCCUGGUGGAAGCUGCGCAGAAGGUGUUAGGAAACUGGUGGUCCUCCUUCGAAGCCCCGUUCUUCCAGAGGUUGGUGGAUUUGUACAAAGACGUGGUCGUCUACCUGCUCCAGAUGCACAAGGUGGGCAUUCCGCCGACGGAGCAGAGAAUCUUCUCCUGCUUCCUGGACACGUCCCUUCGGUUUCUGGAGGUCCUGCACAAGGUGAACGAGAAAGCGGGAAACAUCAUCCAGUACGGUAAAUUCUACAUCCACGAGCUGGACGACCUGGUGGACAUCAAGAACGACUACGUCACCUGGAUCCAGAGGCAGAUGUACCCGAUGGCUCGUGACGGUGGCGUGACGCUGUGCCGGUACCCCUUUGUGUUUGACGCUCUGGCCAAAACGGCGCUGCUGCAGACGGACGCCGUCCUGCAGAUGCAGAUGGCAGUGGAUCAGGCGCAGCUGCAGAACCUCAGCUCCAUGUUCCUGCCAGCUGUUGAAUCUGUCAACCCGUGUCUCAUCCUCAUCGUUCGGAGGGAAAACAUCGUCGGAGACACGAUGGAAGUCCUCAGGAAAUCAAAGAACGUGGACUGCAAGAAACCACUCAAGGUGGUUUUCGUGGGAGAAGAUGCUGUUGAUGCAGGAGGUGUGAGAAAAGAGUUCUUCCUCCUGAUCAUGAAGGAGCUGCUGGAUCCUAAAUACGGGAUGUUUCGGUACUACGAGGAAUCCAGGCUCAUCUGGUUUUCACACAAGACGUUUGAGGACUUCGACUUGUUUAACCUCAUCGGGGUCAUCUGUGGUCUGGCCAUCUACAAUCUCACCAUCGUGGAGCUCAACUUCCCGCUGGCUCUUUACAAAAAGCUGCUGAAGAAGAAACCAACACUCGACGACCUGAAGGAGCUGAUGCCGGACGUGGGCAGGAGUCUGCAGCAUCUACUAGACUACCCAGAAGACGACGUUGAGGAAACCUUCUGUUUGAAUUUUACUGUCACAGAGGACAACUAUGGUGCCACCGAGGUGUUGGAACUGGUACCGAACGGCGAGAAAAUCAACGUCAACAAAUCAAACCGGCAGGACUUCGUCAGCGCCUACGUAGACUACGUGUUUGACUCGUCAGUAGCUCUGCUGUUUGAGGGCUUCUACACGGGCUUCCACAAAGUGUGCGGUGGGAAGGUUUUAGAUCUGUUCCAGCCAAGUGAGCUGCAAGCCAUGAUCAUUGGCAACACCAACUAUGACUGGACAGAGCUUGAAAAGGAGACUGAGUAUAAAGGGGAGUACUGGGCUGAGCAUCCGACCAUAAAGCUCUUCUGGGAGGUGUUCCACGGUCUCCCGUUGGAGAAGAAAAAGCAGUUUCUCUUGUUCCUCACAGGAAGCGACCGCAUACCGAUCCUGGGCAUGAAGAGUCUGAAGCUGGUGAUCCAGCCCACAAGUGGAGGGCAGCACUACCUCCCCGUCGCCCACACCUGCUUCAAUCUGCUCGACCUUCCUAAGUACACGAGCGUAGAGACGCUCCGCGAGAAACUUUUACAGGCGAUAGAUCACAAUCAAGGCUUCAACCUGGCCUGACGGAGGACCUCCCAAAUGUUCCUAAAAACUGAACACUGGGUGAGGAGAGGAGUUUAUAGUACUCUUGAAAUUAAGAUAAAUGUUAAUUUAUUCUUUUUUUCUAUUCCAAGUAUGACAAAGCAAAGCAAGAGAGCACCAACUGAUUGCUUGCGAGACACAACACUACCCUUUGACAAUUAAAAUCAAACUUCCUG